AUGUCCGAUCCCGCUCCGCCGCCCGGUAUGGCCCGUCCGCCGCUGCCCGCCACCGCCGCGUUGCUGGCCGCCGCCUUGCUGCACUGCGCGCCCGCUGCGCCCGCCCGCCGACAUAAGCCGGAUGUGUCUCGAAAGCAUCACACCUGGAAGGAGCAGAGUCCUUGGCUGUCUUCCUUGGUGAACGCUGUGGGGACCAGUGUGCCUGCCAAGGGCUUUCCCGUGGGUGCAGAUGAGCAGGUGGCACGCUGGAACCCGCCCCGCUGCGGCGUGCCGGACCUCCCAGUGUCGCCGGACGGCCAGAAUGGGCGGAACCGGCAGAAGCGGUUUGUCCUCUCCGGCGGACGCUGGGACAAGACUGAUCUCACCUACAAAAUUAUCAGAUUCCCAUGGCAACUUGUAAAAGAUAAAGUGAGAAGGACCAUUGAGGAAGCUUUGAAAGUCUGGAGCGACGUGACUCCGCUGACCUUCACCGAGGUGCAGGAGGGCCGGGCUGAUAUCGUGAUCGAUUUCACAAGGUACUGGCAUGGAGAUAACUUGCCUUUUGAUGGGCCUGGAGGGAUCCUGGCACACGCGUUCUUCCCCAAGACACACCGGGAGGGAGAUGUCCAUUUUGACUAUGACGAGACCUGGACGAUUGGGAACAACCUGGGGACUGACCUCCUCCAAGUGGCUGCUCAUGAGUUUGGCCACGUCCUGGGCCUGCAGCACACGGCUGUCUCCAAGUCACUGAUGUCUCCUUUCUACAUCUUCCGCUACCCGCUAAGCCUGAGUGAGGAUGACAAGCAAGGUAUCCAGUACCUCUACGGGAAACCCAAACUGGAUCCCGACCCAACCCCAACUCAGCCAGCAGAGCUGCCCCCGCCGGACCUUGAAACAAAUGAGAUCACCAACGUGGAGUCUGUGCAGCCCGACGCCUGCGACACAGCUUUCGACGCCGCGUCCACCAUUCGAGGGGAGCUGUUCUUCUUCAAGUCUCGCUAUGUGUGGCGGCUCCGAGCUGGAAAGCUGCAGGACGGCUACCCAGCUCUGGCCUCCCGCCACUGGCAGGGGAUCCCCAGCUCUGUUGAUGCCACCUUCGAGGACCCUCUGGGCAAUAUCUGGUUUUUCCAAGAUUCUCAGUACUGGAUUUACGAUGGUGAGAGACGGGUAUCUGGUCCCACCCCGAUUGUGGAGCUGGGCCUCCCUGCAUCCCCUGUGCAGGCAGCUCUGGUGUGGGGGGCUGAGAAGAACAAGAUCUACAUCUUCAGUGGAGGCAACUACUGGCGCUUCAACCCUCGCACCCGCCAGGUGGACAACAUCUACCCCCGGACCAUGGCCGACUGGCGCGGUGUCCCUCAGGAGAUCGACGCAGCUUUUCAGGAUGAGUUUGGUUUUGCCUAUUUCCUGAGAGGCCGAGAUUACUGGAAGUUUGAUCCAGUCCAGGUGAAAGUGCUGGAGGGCUACCCACGCCAGAUCAGCCAGGACUUCUUCAGCUGUACACCUUCCUCCAACUCCUUCAGAUGAGGGGGGUGCU